CGUUGUUAUUACUUGCAAGCGAUCACUAUUGCACGAUACAUGGUUUAUAACGCUGCGUAGUUGAUUGCUUGCGUAGGCGAUUGCAAACGUGUUACGUCCAGGUUUACAGUUUGUCAGAACCCAUGAGCAACUACACAUUUUAAACAUAAAUUUAACACAAUGGUAUUUUUAUUGGUCGGCCGUUCUGCGCUAGGAGCAGGUUGCCGACAGCCGUCAGUGUCGUCGUUGCAGUUUGCUGGGGGAGCGCUAUCACGGUUGAUAGCAACGACAGUUUCGGAAGGUUCCAUACCAACAUCUUGCAGUCGCACCAGUGUUGGCGAGCCUUCUCUGGCGGGCGCGACCAUCAGUCUACCGAAUUUGCAAGACACACGCAUAUCAGCUGGGGCAUCUCUGUCAGCAUGCAUAUCUACACCUGGGGGUGCUCUAGGGCAACGCUUAAGUGGCAUCGCGGACGGAAGCGUGUUGUCGUUCCGUCAAUCAACCGCUCAGCCUGCGCCAACAAACUGGACCAUUCACCAGACGAACAGCCGUUACCAGCGGCGUUCCACUUUCUGUGACUUCACUUCAUCGUCCAGCUCACACCUCUCCCCGCUGCGGCGCGACUUUCACUCGUCAUCCUCCGCAUCUUCAUCCGCACCGCCCGCGGCUCGGGAUCCCUCCAAAAUUCGCAACUUUGCCAUCAUCGCUCACAUCGAUCACGGCAAGACGACGCUCAUGGAUCGGCUGCUAGCUGCAUGCGGCCACGGCAGCAGCGAAGACCGGGCCAUGGACAGCCAUUCACUUGAGAAGGAGCGCGGAAUCACCAUUCUUGCCAAGGUCACGAGCUUCACGUGGGGCGACUACUACAUCAACGCGGUGGACACACCGGGGCAUGCGGACUUUGGUGGGGAGGUGGAGCGCGUGUUGGGUCUGGUAGACGGCUGCGUGCUGCUGGUGGACGCGGCGGAGGGGCCGCUGGCGCAGACCAAGUACGUGGUGGCGAAGGCGCUGGCGAGGGGGCUGCGGCCCAUCGUGCUGCUCAACAAGGUUGACCGGCCCGCCGCUACCCCCGAGCGCUGCGCCGCGGUGGCCAACUCGCUGCUGGACUUGUUCGUGGGUCUGGGCGCCUCGGACGAGCAGCUGGACUUCCCGCUGCUGUACGCAUCGGCAAAACAGGGUUGGGCCUCCCGCUCGCUCCCCCCCAACCCCGCGCUGGGCUGCCCCGAGGGCAUGUCGCCGCUGCUGGACACCAUUGUGGCGCACGUGCCGCCGCCGGCCGCCGCGGAGGAGCUGGGCGGGCCGUUCAAGAUGGGGGUGGCCAUGAUCGAGCGGGACCCCUACGUGGGGCGCAUCGCCACGGG